CAUUGCACAAGUGUAGUAAAAAUCUACCUUUACACCGUUUAAAAGUAAAUAUCCGGGUACGAAAUUAGGCAAACUUUGUGCAAUCUGCAGGGAAUAUUUUACGGUCAAUAAGUGUAUAAACAUGACUAACAAUGAUGAAGGUUAUCAGGAUCGUUUUGGGUUGUUAUCAGAGAACGGUGGAAUAGUUCCUUUGAAAGCUAUAAAGGUUGAUGUUCAGAUAUUUGGCUAUGUAGCUGAAGUGACCUCCACACUGACCUACAUCAAUACAGAGGAAACCCCAGUAGAGGCGGUGUUUACAUUCCCUGUAGAUGAUGGCAGUGCAGUGUUUCAGUUUGAGGCUCACAUUGAUGGCCAUCAUAUUACAGCUGAAAUCCAGGAACGAGAGCAGGCUAAAUUGACAUACCAAGAUGCUAUUGAACGUGGUAAAACAGCGUUACUAUUAAAGGAAGAUACCUCUGCUGGGGACAUCUUCAGUUGCAUGCUGGGAAAUUUGCCAGCCCAAAGUGAGGCUACACUUGUGAUGAAAUAUGUGACACAGUUACCACAAGAGACUGAUGGUCAAUUUAGGUUUACACUUCCUACAGUUCUUAAUCCAAGAUACUCUUCAGAUGUAGGUAGUACAGUUUCUGCAGAGGGAGCAACUUAUGUCCCGCCUUCCAAGAUUCCGUAUGAGUUUAGAAUGACAGCUACAGUAAAGGGUUACCACAGGGUUAAUUCUGUGAUGUCAUAUAAAGAUAAAUUGAAUGUUCAGCUUGAAGAAAAUGGAAAAAUUGCAAAGGUAAACCUUUGUGAAGAGUUCAAAUUUGACCAUGACCUAAGUUUUCUUGUGCAAUAUGAUUGUCCAUAUAGUCCACAGGUAGUGCUAGAAAAAGGAAAUCCUGAAGCAGAGAGUUUAUUGAAAGAAGACAUGUUGAUGAUAAGCUUCCAUCCAGAUCUGAAAGAAGUUUCCAUGGCAACCAAUGGGGAAUACAUAUUUGUUAUUGAUCGAUCAGGAAGUAUGCAGGGAGAUAAGAUACAGAGUGCUAGAGAGGCUCUGCUACUUUUCCUGAUGAGUUUACCGGCUGAUUGUUACUUUAAUAUUGUUAGUUUCGGUUCAUUUUUUAACUCCCUUUUCCCUACGGAAAGUAAGAAAUACAGUAGUGAAAGUUUAGAUGAAGCUUUUACACUACAGAAAACCAUGGAGGCUGAUAUGUAUGGCACAGAGAUACAGAAACCUUUGACCCAUGUCUUUAAUAUGGACCCCAUAGAGGGACAUCCUCGCAGGGUGUUUGUGUUAACAGAUGGAGAAGUGGAUGAUAUAAGAUGUGUAACACAGCUUGUGAAAACACAUACACAUAACUCUGAUACCAGGGUUUUUGCUCUUGGUAUUGGUGAUGGUGCCUCAACUGCACUAGUUAAAGGUAUUGCCAAUAAUGGAGGUGGCAAGUCUGAAUUGGUAGUGGAGGAGGAAAGACUCCAUUCUAAGGUGAUUUCAUUGUUGAAAUAUGCCAUGCAACCAGCCAUAACAGAUGUUAGAAUAAACUGGGACCUACCUGCUGGACUGACCCCAAUUACCAUUCCAUCAGAGCCACCUGUUAACAUAUACGCUGGAGAAAGACUCACCUUGUUUACAAUACUUCGAGGAUAUUGUGCUAAUCACAACAAUGUAUCUGGGUCAGUAACAUUGAAUGGUCAACAAAGUGGAAAUCCAGUCUCGUAUAAAAUGACCUUCACCUUGCAAAAUACAAAUGAUUUAAGUACAUCUGCACCUAUUCAUCGGCUAGCAACAAAAGCUCAAAUCAAACUUCUGCAGGAUACAGUAAAUGCAGAUGUUUCAAUUUUGAAUCCAAUUGAAGUGGAAGAACUUUGUGUGAGGAUAUUCAGUUUAAGUUGUCUAGGCAAUGUUGUGUCAAGGUAUACAGCCUUUGUUGCCAUAGAUACCAAAGGUAAAAAGGUGAUUGGUGACAAGAAGACAAGGAAGUGCCCAGUACCAAUGAACACUGUAGAAUAUAGGGAUGGCAUGUAUGAUGCUAAAUUAAUGAAGGAAGGAGUUACAGACCAAAGCCUGUACUCGGCAGCAAUAAGAAAAACCUGUGUACAGCGUAUGAAAUUGACAAAAAAGCAUCAGCGAAUGUUAGAUGAAGAUGAGGAAAAGUGGGUUAAAGAUGGCUCUGGCUCUCGGUUUGACCGCCAUUCCCGGAGAAGGGCAAAGUUGUCAUGCUGUAAAAUUAAACUGCCUAAAUUUUCACAGUUAUUUUCAAACAGAAGGCAAAGGAAAGACAAUGUUCGUCCUGAAAGACAUCAACAAGCUGGGGCAGCAUCAGAUGAAGACUAUGCACAAAUAUCAAGCAGUAUGUUAAAGAUGGACAUUUCUGAUAAUAAUGCUCAAACUAGAAAUCUUCCAUCAGAUGAUGAUAUGUUGACAGUGAUCUCAUUACAACAAUUAGACGGACAAUGGAUUUCAUCUGAGAAACUACUUAACACCCUUGGUGUCACUGAAGAAAACUUGAUUAAACUUACUGUUUCAGAUGACCCCUGUGUUACCUGUACAGUUGUUGUUCUUAGUUGGCUACAGAAAUGGUUUCUCCAUAGACAAGAUGAGUGGCAGAUCAUUCAAUCUAAAACAUUAUCAUGGCUGACGUCACAGAAUCCUACCUUGUCAGCAGACGACAUUAUUCAGCAGACAAUAAAAUCAUUGUGGGCUGAUUAGCUGGUGAACUUGCAAACAUUAGUAGAAAUAUAAAUGAUUUGUAAAUUUGAUGAUGAUUUAUUUUUGCAUUGGGAAGUUUUUUAUAAGUUCU